AUGAUGCUCUCAGAGGUUGAAAGUAUGGAUACUCUACCUUUCGAGCGGGACUCUACGCCGCUUACGCAGGUACCCCAGAAUGAAAAGUUAUUGGCACCAUCGAUCGACGAGGUCGAUGAGAAUCCUGAGAGUUUACGCAUGCUGAGAGGACAGGGGCGAUAUUUCGGAGCUACCGAUGAUGAUGAAGGCGGAGGCAUUCGAGAGGCUGAGCCCAAAUGUAUGAACUGCUCUCAGAGGGGCCACCUGAAAAAGAAAUGCCCUCACGUUAUAUGCACGUACUGCGGCUCGAUGGAUGAUCAUUACUCACAGCAUUGUACAAAAGCUAUAAAGUGCUCAAAUUGUAAUGAAUUUGGGCAUUAUCGAUCACAGUGUCCAAAAAAAUGGAAAAAAAUGUUCUGCACUUUGUGCAACAGCAAAAAUCAUUCAAGAGAAAGGUGUCCAAGUAUAUGGAGGGUCUACGUAGUGAAAGAGGACACCCAGAAACAAUCACUGCCGAUGCAUGCUCUCUACUGUUAUAACUGUGGCUCUAAGGGGCAUUUUGGUGAUGACUGUCCUAAAAGACGUUCAUCAAGAGUUCCAAAUGAAGAUGGAAGUAGUUUCUCCGGCGACAACUUGUCACAGCCACUUAAAAUUAACUAUUUUCAAAAUUUACGGAAACAAAAGCAAGAGCAGUCGUCAUCCGCAGACUAUAUGACUUACGAAGAAUUUGAUCGUGCUAUGUAUGACGACGAACCAAGAAAGAAUAAAAAAUCGCAAAAACGUAAUAGAGAACGAUCUUCAAGCCAUCUGGAUUAUGGUGGCGACGAUAAUUCGAAUAGUUACGAAUCAAGAAAUUACAGUAAUAAUAAUAACAGAAGCAACUCCUCGAGAAAAAGAAGUAGGAAUUCAAAUUAUCACCCUCCACCAUAUCAGAAUCACGAUAACAGCCAGGGUCAGAACGGAAGGCGCAAGGAUUUCAAACCUGUGCAAACUGGUGGAAUUUUUCCACCUUCAAGGAACAGAACACAUCCUUUGGACUUUCCACGCUCGAACUCAUAUCAAAAUUCUUCUUAUGUUUCUCAAGGAAUGGCUACUUCAAGAUACAAUAGAGGAGCGCCAUCCGAAAUGGAUACACACAACUAUAAAUCGUACAACUCGUUCAGGCCAUCCAGAAGUGGAACAUUGAAGAGGUAA